UUGUAAUAGAUAGGCAUGCGCCGUUGAUAAGUUAUUGAAAUUUGUUCAUUCGCAUUUCCAUGGAGCGCCCGUUUCGUAAUGGCGGAAUUUAGUCCUGGAUUGAAUAGCAUGUAAUAAAGAUUAUUAUAGAAAGAUAUUGAUAGAGUAUCAGGAUGGCACAUCAACUUCAGUUAGAGAAGGAAAAAUACAGACAGUGGGUAAAGGCUGGUUUAGGACUUGGAUAUUUAAAGGAGGGACUGGUACCAUUCUGUAAUGACAUAGCUGACCAACAACAUAAGGAUAUCUUACAAAACAUUCGGUCUACAAAGUCACUACCAUCAACUGUGACAUGUGGCAACUGUCGAGUUGAAACUCUCAAGCCAGACCAUAAGCCAGUUCCUGCUGGAAACAAAGUUUGUCCUCUUGGGCAAGUAAAAUGCAGCUGUUGCUUUAAGGGCAAAAGUGCUUGUCCGAACAACAUAUGUGGCGCCAUCUAUGACUAUAUUGUGCAGCAUCAUGCCUCCUCACCACCUUCACCUAACUGGAAAAACACCGAUGCUCAACAUUGGGUGACAGACCCUUGGAGCAUUUGUAAGUGUUUUAUAAAUGCUCGAGGGUACGAGCAGAAACAAUCUGCUGGUGAAACUGAUUGCACUGGGUUAUUACAUCUAAUGAUAAAUAACCAGUAUUUUCAUAGCCACAUUGGAUGCAAUGUCACAGGAACAAACAACCUUUUUUCAAAGGUUCGUCACUAUAGAAAUACUAUCUUUCACUCAAGCAGCAUGGAAUUAGAAGAAAGUGAAGCAGAUACUUACUUAGAUGAUAUAAUAGCAGUUUUACAAGAUGGUAAGGAGUUAUUACAACGAUCAGAUGCCCAGAUAGCGGUGAAGAAACUUCAAGAUCUGAAGAACAAAGAUUUUAUUAUUACGACUGAAAGUUUUGAAGAGAUUCUUAGGCAAAUCAAAGAAGAAAUGGCAAAAGUUUUGAAAUCAACGGAAAGUGCUGCAACUAAAGAAGAAUAUGAUGAUCUGAAGAAGAAGCUAAUAGAUCUUGAAGCUAAAAUGUCUGAUGAAAAGAAGGGAAAACUGGAAAAUGAAAAAGAACUUGCAGAACUAAAGAAAACUAGUUCUGCCCUGAAGAAGAAGCUAUUAGAACUUGAAGCCAAGAUGUCCAGAGAAAAUGACGAAAAACUUGAGAAUGCAGAAUUGAAAAAGAAACUUGGCAUCUUGGAGACUCUUGUUUCAGAACAGAAAAAGGAGAUAGCAAAAAUAAAGUCGGAAACUUCUUCAGGUCAAAGUCAAAAUUAUGAGCAAACCAAGUUAGGUGAGUAAAUAUUUGUGUUGAACUUGAUAGUGUACACACCUUGACAUGUUUAUUUCUACAGAACUAAUUGAUGGAUGAUUACCAAACUUUGUCAGUAGCAUUGUUGGGUAGUCUUUUAUCAAGUUUGCUCAUAUUAAUUUGAUUGGCCCCUUUUAGGGGCCUGUAUAGCUAAAAAUAGAAAAAAACCUUUAGAUAUCUUCUUCUACAGAACUAACUGAUGGAUGAUCACCAAACUUUGUCUGUAGCAUUCUUGGUACUUUUUAUCAAGUUUGCUCAUAUGAAUUUGAUUGGCCCUGUUUAGGGGCCGCUAAAAUUAAAAAUAGAAAUAUGUUUAAAUGUCUAUGGCUUCAGAACUAAUUGAUGGAUGAUCACCAAACUUUGUUUGUAGCAUUGUUGGGUAGUCAUUUAUCAAGUUUGCUCAUAUUAUUUUGAUUGGCCCCUUAUAGGGGCUGCUAAAAUUAAAAAUAGAAAUAUGUUUAAACGUCUAUUGCUACAGAACUAAUUGAUGGAUUAUCACCAAACUUU